AUGCCCAAAACCAAUUCACGCUCCACCUCGAACCCUCCCUUCAUCUCUCAGGAUGACGACCGACUCGCCACGUGUUGGAUCAAGGUGACCAAACUUUUCCAAUCUAGGGCCGACAAAGAUACUUUCUGGCCUACCCUCACGGUAGUCUACAAUGCAGGCAGCGACCUUGCAAGAGACGCGAUUAGCCUCCAACAAAGAUGGGAAAAAAUUCACAAAGAUACUCUCAAUUUCUCUGCUUACUAUCAAGCGCUCAAAGCGUCCCCGCCAACUGGGAGAUCGGAGCACGAACUGAUCACCGAGGCCAAGGACAGGUUCAAGUCACGUCAUGGACGAAAGUUCGGAUUCGUAUGCCUAUGGCAACGUACACUUCGUCACGAAGCUCAAUGGAUGAUAACAGAGCCCAAUUUUGGCCAGAUUGAUGACGAAGAGGCUGAGGACAGCGACUUGUCUUCGGAUACUACGGAGGAAGAAGCUUAUGACGAAGAGGCUGAGGACAGUGACUUGUCUUCGGAUAGUACGGAGGAAGAAGCUCUCGAUCAAGGAGGUCGAAAUACAACUCGCUCGAGUAAAGUUCGGGGUCGAGAGCAAUAUCAUUCCGAUUCGGAAGACGGCGAUGGCUAUGCGGACGACAUGCAUGACGCCGAAAACGAACGGAAGAGACUGAACCCCCAAAUCAGCCACGGCGAUCCCCCGCCGUCCGUCUUCCUGAUCUUCCGGCCAGAACCAUCAAGCUUAUUCUCUUCAGGCUAA